UUGGUUUGUUCUUCCAACUAUUAAUCUAUGUUGAAUUGAAACUAGAUCCUGGCACAAGGAACAAAGCAAAGUUGUGUGUUGUUUUCUAAGGAUGCAUGUGUUUCCUGAUCUGUAACAUCAAACUUAAGUAUCUAUUAAACACAGUUUCCUGGAUCUUGAUUACUUCAGAUAAAACCAAAUCUUGUAUAAUUUGGGGUUUGGGAUUUUUUUCACACUAAUAAAACUUAAUAAAUGUAUUCAAUAUGAAUAUGAGGAAUGCUGUUGUGAAAAUCUCUCCCUAGACCAAGAAUAAAUGAUUGAUAGUGGGUUCAGUUUGUUGUUUUCUCAUGUUUGCUGAGUAUGCUAGAGUAAAAGUCUGGAAAAGCCGCUUCUGCACUGUACUUUAUAUCUAGCCUGUCUUGGCCUGCCACUAAACUAGUACUGGUGCACUGAGACAUGAUUAGGUCUCAACUGAGAACUGGUCUUACCAGAAUAUCCGUCUGCCUGAGCCCAAACUGCAGAACUACUACUCACUGCAGCCAUGUGAGGCAGUUUACCAUCAGCUGGGUUCUUAUGUACUGCCAUUUCUCAGGAUCUCCCCUGAAACUGAAGCAGCAAAGUGACCUGCUGUUAUCUCACAGUUGCUACUGAUUUUUUCUUCUCCGCUUUUAGGUAGAGCUAACUGUGGUUAUGCUUUAUUCCUUUAUCCUUUUUACCCGCCUCUGCUUGAUAGAUCCCUUGCAGUUAGCCACCUCUAUAUAAUGGUAUAAGUAAAAUCAAUACAAGCACAAAAUAAUCAGUCAACACUAGUAAUAGUCUUGAUUAAGAAUUCAAAAGUAAUUUUCUACAGUUUAGCUUAUUGAUUAGAGCUAUAAAUAUAUAGGAAGUGAGUUGCAAAUAUGUGUACUACUGAUCUUUUUCACGGUUGCCAUGUUCCUAUAAGCGAUAUGAAAUGUCCGUCAGCUACAGAACACUUCUGUAAGUACCUUGUUCUAGAAAAUUAACCUGGCCGUAGUGCCUGAAAGGCCUUUAUGUGAUCCUAUCUCAUUUUCCUGCAUUUGGUGCAGUCAUAGGAGCCAACUUAAUUUUUGCAGCUCUGCUCCAGGUGUGUUGCCUUUGCUUUCUGCAGGAACUGGCUGGCUGCUUCCCCAUGAGUCAUACAAUCACUUAUGUCUCCCAGCACCGUGGAGCAACCACCUGCUCAUGGCUAUACCUGAGCAACAGGCACUUUGCUGUCCUUGCAGCUGGCAGAGCCGGCUUGUCCUCCGACAGCACAGUGCUCCGGGCACGGAACGCAGAUCGGCGGCGCGUACCCGAGCCGCAGCUCGCAGGCUGCCUUUCCUCCUCCGGCUCCCGCAGAAGGUCGAGCAGCGCUACCGCCCGUGGAGCUCAGAGGCAGGUGGGAGGCUUUCUUCUUGCUUUGGCAAAGCUGAAACUGAUGCUGAAAAGGCAGAUGUGGUCUCUGGAAGAGAUGUGUAGAAAAGAUCUCUCCCCUUUGCCAUGUCAGCUGACAGCCAUCAGCUCCACACUAAUUCCUACCAGGACUCACUGAGUUCUACUUGUCAUGGUCUCUUGAAUGUCAACAGUUACCCCCUGUCAAAGAGCUCCUCGAGUCUGGCCUGUACUGGGCGAUCAAGUUUAGAGGAAAGACAAAGCAACAAGCAGGAGCUGAAGAAAAGCCAUAGUAGCACCAUCUGCCAUACUCUGGGAAACAAGAGUGAUGCAAGGAGUGUGCAGAGUCCUGGAUGGUCUUCACAGCCUCGGAUGGUGGGACUUGGAUCAGUGGUCCAAACCAGAAGCGACCAGUUAGCCAAUGAGAAUUCACAGAGCAAAACUAAGACUACAAAUCAUUUUCUUAUCACUGAACAGUCCCCAGCAUCCUGGGAAGUGGGGGACACUAAAAUGUAUGUAAAGAGCAGCACUGCUGAGAAUAUUUCCUCAGCCUGCGUUGUCCAUCAGCAAAGCAUGUGUAAAAUGGAAGAACCGGGAACUGCCCUUCAGAGAAGCCACUCAGACCUGACCUGCAGUUGCAAACACCAGACUUCUGUCACUCACAUAGAAACCAGUGCUACUUACUCCAGCCUAAGCUCUUCUAGCUGCAGGCAUGGUCCACCAGUGGCUAGGAUGUCUUUCCAAGCACAGAGAUAUGAAUCAGAAACAAAUGAAAAUGUACCUUGCUAUCAAAACCUUGUGACUCCAGCUCUACCCAGAGACCAGCAAGUACCCACGAAUAGCUUUGACAGCAGUGGUAUGGCACGUAACACUACUGUUUACACAGAUCCUGGAACAUUUCACACUGCAGUCCUAGGACCCCACGUGCCUGGAAAUGGUUUCUCAAACAGGACAAUGUUCAAUCAAGCCACUGGGAUUAUUCAUGGUGGUCUGAUUUACAGUAAUAUUCCAAACUCUCCAUACUCCCCCAUGGUGAUGACAAUUCAUAACAAUUCUGCAGGACCCUGUAAUAUAAGAAAGGACCCUUGUAUGAAGGCAGAUGCCACCAUCCCUGCCUAUUGCCAUUCUUUGCCUAUACCAUCUAUACAACUUGUUCCGCAGUUGGUAUGUUCAGUUAGUGAGUCAGGAAAAGAGCAGGCAGCACCUGGCUAUUUUCAUUCCUUUUCUACUUCGGACAUUCUGACAUACCCUAAGCUGGUGUCUUCAGUAAGUGAAUCAGGCCUGGAUGCCAAAAGAGUCCUGAAGUGCUGUAGCAUUCCUGGAGAACAACUGCAACAUGCUCAACACUGUACUCAGCAGAAGGUUCCUCCAGAAACAAAUGCUGCCUGUGUUGCCCUUAGUAGCCAGCAGGGUGCAAACAUGGUAAUGACAACAAAGGAUAUGUGGACUAUGACUUCUAUGAAUGAUUUAACCAAAGGACUGAAAGCAGCUCUUGAGUGUAGAGAUGCCGAGGUACAAACUCUUCCAGUCAUGGAAUGCAAAUCUGUGGCAACAAGCCCAGCAGCUGCAGCAGACAGCCACUCACAUGUGUUCCCAGAGGUGAACCUAGAGCAAGGCAUGGAGGCCCCCAAAUCUCCAGUGCGUGAAGUGAGAUGGGAUGAUGAAGGAAUGACGUGGGAAGUAUAUGGGGCAUCUGUGGAUCCCGAAGUCCUUGGGUUAGCCAUUCAAAAACAUCUUGAGAUUCAAAUAGAACAAUUCCAAACAGAGCCUGCACAGCUGUCUGAGAAAAGCAAUGAGGAGCCGCCUUCUGAUAAAACAGGGAAAAAAAGGCAAUUCAGAACAAUGAUACAUUCCCUGAGAUACCCGAGCUGUUGUGCUCGUUCCAGUACCACAGUGGAGUGAGCACAGCUGUAGGAUGUGGGACAGCUGUGCUGCUUUUAAACUGUAAAUAAAUGCUGUGUCAAGUGUUAACACAGUACAUGUGGACAACCCACAUCAAGAUAAGUGAGAAAAGUUCAGUGACCGUCAAAUACACAUCAAAGCAAGUUAAACCCCAUGGUUGUGCCAUGGAACAGAGGACAUACAGAUGUACCUACAUCACGCCAUCGGAAUGCUCUUAACUGUACUGUAGCAAUGUUUUAUUCUUCUAUGUUAAUUUUAAAUCAUUUUGUAAGGAAUGAGACUUCUUUUCUAAAUGAUGCAUCUUUUUUAAAAUAAUGAUGACUUUUUUCUGUAUUUUAAUAAUUUAGAGUUAGAAACCAAAGUUAGAAAAUUAUGCUUUCAUCAAAGUUCUUUGCUUUCAAUCCUACUCCCCCAGUUUGUUUCAGGAGCUACUUUGUUGUUAAUCUGUAAUAGUGCUGAGGAUAAGCCCACUUUAACUGUAGACAAAAUGACAAACUAGUGUAAUGCUUUAUGACGAAGAAUUGUAACUUUUGCUACGUAACUCUGUGAAGUAAUUUCUGUAUUGCUAGUCUGAACUCUUCCCUUUGCAAGCUGGUGUACAGUUGGAGGAUCCUCCUGCAACUCUCAAAUUAGUUUGUAGUUAUGAUGAAUGACACUAAGAACUGAUGUUUACCAAGUGAUCGACACAAUGUACAGUAUUACCAAAGAUGACCCAUGUAAUGUGAAUUACUUCCUGGAUGCUUGUUUUAGAGACAUGAAACAAAAGCUGUUCUGAUUAGUCUGUCACACUAUCAUACCCUACAAAUCAUAAGCAGUCUUGGUUUGCCUAUAUUAAAAGUAAUUUCCAGUAA